ACAGUUUAGGGUAGAUUAGGGAUUUUGGUCUAAUCAAAUUAUAAAAUCCAAAACAUGUAAAAUGGCUUCCUCUCUCAACUCAAUAUUUUCAAUACGAUAAUUUCAAAGAAAAAAUACAUUUUCGACGUAAAUUCGGAGUGUAAAUGUUUGUAUUUUCAUUGUGUAGUUAGUAUGUGCCAAUAAUAAUUAUAUUAAGUAUUUGCAAUUAUAGAAUUCAUUAAAGGGCUUUUUAAUUGAAAUCAAUAAAGGAAUCAUGGUCUUUGACACCACAUAUACAUUGUUAUAAUGAGACAUUUAGACAAACAACCCAUAAUGGAAGAUAAAUCUCGAGGUGUAGAUCACUUAGAUAUACUUCCAGACAUCAAAAUGGAAUUUCCAAAAUUCAUUUUGGACGAUAAUCUGAUGAAAAACGACUUUUUAAGCGACGAAGAUUGUUCCAGCGAAACGCAUUUAACCUUCAAUCUCAACAACGAUAGCGAUAGUUCAGAAGAACUAGAUUCUCUAACUAAAAACGUGAGAAAAAAUCGCAGGAAAGCUUCGGCACCCCAAAGAGCAGUACAAAUUGAAAACAGCCAAUCGGGAUCAAUGGAAAACAGUUCAGAAUCAUCGCAGGAUAAUACAGAUAGUUUAACAUUCACAAAUAUACAAAAUUUAAGUUUAAAGGACGAAUCUUUGUUGGAUUUCGGUGAAGGUGAUGAAUUGUGUGAUGAUGAUCUGUUGGACAAGAUUAGUGAGGAUGAUAUAUUCAAGGAUUUACGUGAUGAAGCAGAUGGUGAACCGAUAGACGACGAAAUGAUAGUGAAUGUUAAAGAGGAAUGGCGUGCGCAUUGGGGUGUCAAGUGCAAUAUGUGUAAAGAGGUCUUCCCUUUUCGAACUGAAUUCGAUAAACAUUACAUUUCCAAAUAUAACGUAUUUCCAGUUUACACUUGCACUUUUUGUAAUAAAGCCUCGGAAAAAUACUCAACUUUUCGAUCACACUGUUAUAGACAUAUAACCGAAGGCCGCUACAAAUGCCAAUAUUGCCCGAAAGGUUUUAGCUUACAGAGUAUGCUACACGUUCACAUAUUGGCCAAACAUACUAAAGUUAAACCUUACAAUUGCGAAGAGUGCGGUAAGACUUUCGUUACCAAACCGGGGUUGAAGAUUCAUCUCAAGAAACACAAGACUGAAACAAAGGAGGAUUAUCCGUGUGUGGUGUGCGGCAAAGUGUUGCAUACAAGGGGCGGUUUGACGUCUCAUAUGAACGUCCAUCGGCUCGGUAGAAGAUUCAUGUGCGACGUUUGCGGUAAAACGUUCACGCAAAAAGUCAACAUGCAACAACACGUCAAGCAACAUACCGGCGAUAAACCUCACUCGUGCAACAAAUGUGGCAAAACUUUCGCCGAAAAGUCUCACUUGAUGCGCCACUACAGUUUCCACAGCGAGGUGCGACCGUUCAAGUGCGAAGUCUGUCAAAAAAUGUACAAAACCGAAAGGUGUUUGAAGGUGCACAGUUUGGUGCACGCCGCCGCCAGGCCGUUCGUGUGCGGUUAUUGCAACAAAGGAUUUCUGAGCAGCACGAAAUUAAAACAACAUUACAAUAUCCAUACGGGAGAACGUCCAUACAAAUGCAAAUAUUGCGAACGCACUUUUACCAAUUACCCGAAUUGGUUGAAACACAUCAGGAGGAGACACAAAGUCGAUCAUAAAACUGGCGCCGAAUUGCGACCGAAAGUUAAAGAAGAAUCGCAACAACUUCCAACAUCGACGGUUAGUUGCGCUUCGACGACAUCGUCAAUAAACGAUUUUACGCAAACAGAAUUACCGUCGACUUUACCCCAACAGACCGGUACGCCUUUGGAGGAGCACGCCGAUAUCGGUCCAAUUUUAAACGAUAUAAAUUUCACGAAAACCGACGAUUUUCUAUUACAACAAAAUUUAUUUAAUUUUCCAAUAUUGGACGAUAAGAUUUUGUUCGGUCAACAACAAAUGGACUUCCUUACAGGAAACGCCGGUAGUUCGGUCGGUCUGUUGAUACCGUAUUUCCAAGCGCCGUUGCCAAAUCAUCAGACUUUAUUGCAGCAUACGACGACUCAGACUAUUCUUCCAGUUCAGACGAACGAUCAGAAUUUGUACGAAUAAUUAUGUUUGAUGAAUUACAGUAUUAACAUCGUUCGUUUGAUUUAUUCGUAUUUCGAAAUAUUUAUUUUUUUUUUCAUUAAUUAUUAAUAAAAAUCGUUAAUUUGUAAAUUUCCCCAUAUUUCGGUAUAAAAAAUAACGUUUAGCAACACCGCAAUUUUCAUAUUUUCUUUUACACGUUUCCAGAAGUCAAAAGAAAUAUUAUCAAACACUCUGUAUAUGCUUUUAUUCAUGGUCAUUGAAAGUAUGUAACAAAAGAAAAGUGAUUGAUACUUUAAUGUAUUUUUGUAAAAACGAGACCAAAUACAUGUCAAUUGUAACCUUUUAUCAAUUUUUUUAAAUAAACAUUCCUUUUUCUCUGC